AUGGAUCGAAGCCUAGACGAGAUCAUCGCCGAAGACACCCGCAAGCCUACUCGUCCCUCGGGUGGCCGGCGCAGCCAAGGCCAAGGCCAAGGCCGUCGCGGCGAACGCGAUGGCGUCAGAAAGCUAAACCCAGGCUCUCUAUCUAGGUCCGCCCUCCUAUUCCUCAGUCGAAUCAUGUUGCGCCGUGACACAAUCGUUGCCAGUCUUCUGGAAGCUCGGAGACUCGCCAACGAGGAGGCCGCGGCGAAGACUCAGAAAAAGCACUGUCCAUACCAGCAAGAUCGCGUCGACCUAAACCUUAGCGGCUCCGCCCUCACAAAGGUUCGCGUUGAAAACCUUCACUACGAUAUUACUGAGAGUGAUCUUGAAGACCUCUUCGGCAAAAUCGGCCCCGUCUCUACCCUCACCCUCGCUUACGACCGCGCUGGACGCUCCGAGGGAGUUGCCUACAUCACAUACGCCCAUCUUAAGGACGCACACACCUCGAUCCAAGAGUUCGACGGCGCCAACGCCAAGGGUCAACCCAUCCGCCUGUCUCUCAUCCCCGGCCGCCGCGGCGGUGAUCGUGGAGGCGAUCGUUCUGGUGGCAGUUCUCUUUUCGACCGUGUGGAGCGUCCCGCACGCAAUGCUCGCAGCUUGAGCCCUACCAGUGACAACGAGGGAGACAGAUCUCGCCGCCGUCGCGGUGGACCUGCUCGUGCUCGGCGCAGCGACGUUACCGGGCCCGCCCCCGAUGGCAUUGACCGAUACGUUCCUGGACAACGCUCUUCCAACCAACGCGGAGAAGCACGACGCGGAGGACGUGACAACAAGCCCCGCAAUGCCGAGAAUGGCGGUCGCCGUUCCAAUGCCCGUCCCCGCAAAACACAGGAGGAACUGGAUCAAGAGAUGGAGGACUAUUGGGGCGGUAACGGUAACGAUGCCUCUGCCGAGACUGCCGCAGCACAGCCUGAACAAGCGGUGGCUCAGUCUGCUCCUGCUGAGACUGCUCCUGCGCCUGCUGCUGCUGCGCCCGCACAUGCGGAUGACGAUAUCGACAUGAUCGAAUAA